CGCAUUGAGUCACCCACCGAGUCCCCCACCAACACAAACAUGAAGUCGUCUCGUCUGUAGUAGUAGCAUUCUAGCAUCUCUCACUCCCCAGAAACACUGGAAGCAAACCCCUCUCUCUCUCUCUCCAAUGGCCAGUAGUCACAGAGACGAACCUCUCUCAUUCACAAACCAACCCACAUCCUCUCCAAUCCCAGUCUCCGACGCAGACAGCUUCCUUAGCAAUCUCGACCCUAGUAACAAUUCCAACUCCCAAAUCGGCAGCGCUUCUGGAAGCUUACAGAACGAGGGUUUCCUCAACAGCCUCGACGGCGAUGCCGGCGCCGAUUUCGGGUUCCAGCGGCCCGAUUUCAGGGCGGACUCAUUGGUUGGGACGGUGGAUUGCUACGACCGCCACGUGUUCCUCUGCUACAAGAACCCUCAGGUGUGGCCCCCGCGCAUCGAGGCCGCUGAGUUCGAUCGGCUGCCCAGGCUUCUUUCUGCUGCCCUAGUGGCUAGGAAAGGGGACCUGAAGAAACAGACCCGCUUGACAAUAUGUGAAGGGCAUGAUGGAACUGAGACGUCAAAUGGUGAUGUCUUAAUCUUUCCUGACAUGAUCAGAUACAGGAGAUUAACACACUUUGACGUCGACACAUUUGUUGAAGAAGUACUUGUGAAGGAUGGCGAGUGGCUGCCUGGAACUCCUGAAGCACUAAGGGGCUUUUACGUCUUUGUAUGUGCUCAUGGGACUAGGGAUCGACGUUGUGGUGUUUGUGGGCCUGCUGUGAUCUCUAGAUUCAAAGAAGUGAUAGAGUUACAUGGUCUUCAGGGUAAAGUGUCUGUUAGCGCUUGCUCACACAUUGGGGGGCACAAGUAUGCAGGAAAUGUGAUCAUUUUUGGAUCAAAUAUCAAAGGGGAAGUUACUGGUCAUUGGUAUGGAUAUGUUACCCCAGAUGAUGUACCUGUUUUGCUCGAACAUCAUAUUGGGAGAGGAGAAAUUGUUGACGGGCUUUGGAGGGGACAGAUGGGUUUAUCAGAAGACGACCAGAGGAGAUUCCAGGAGUUAAGGCUUCAACCAGAUGGUGAGACAAAUGAUGGAAGAAGCACAAAAGAGGCGACACAAACAAAUGAGAUUAGCAGUUCUGUCUGUGGAUCUCAGGUUGAAGUUAAUGGCUGUUGCCAGGCAAAUGAAAGCUUCUCUUGUUGUCAGAAUGAUUCCAUACCAGAGAAGACCGAUAAUACUGAUCUCAAUGAGAGGGAAGCGAAGCUAGCAGCUGAAAAGAAGAGCAACAAGAGACGAAUUUCCCGGAGGAACAGUGGGAAAAAAGGGACUUGCACUCGCAGGGUUUGCACUAUGCCAACAUGGAUUGAAAGCUGGGAGCGCGAGGAUACAUAUGCUGCUCUUGCGGUUAUAGGUGCUGCUUUGUCAGUUGCUUUUGCCUAUAGAUGCUACAAAGAACUGAGAUGAAUGAUGUUUUGAGAGCUCCAUGUUCUGUCACUUCUCUACAGAAAGAUCUCAUAGGACUUAUGAUGCGGAGAAUUAUGAACCGUCAUACGAAUAGGAGUUUAAAAUUUGGUUUCAGAUGGGUUUCUGUUGCUUGUAUGAUCUCAGAAAGUGGAUUCCGUAAUGUAUAUAAACUUUCUGGUCCCAAAUUCUGAACUUCAAUCUGGUGUUGGACGUUUGUUGUUGAAGCCUUGCAGAAUGUAUAUUAGUUUCUAUUCUUUUUACAAA